AUGGCGAGCCCCGGACAGAAAGUGGUGCUGAUCACCGGCUGCUCCUCCGGCAUCGGCCUGAGGAUGGCUGUGAUGCUGGCAAAGGAUGAACAGCAGCGUUAUCACGUCGUCGCUACGAUGCGUGAUCUGAAACGUAAAGAUAAGCUGCUGGAAGCUGCCGGGGAUGCGUACGGGAAAACUCUCUCUCUGGCUGUUCUCGACGUCUGCAGCGACGAGUCGGUCAAACAGUGUAUUAAUGGGAUCAAAGAUCGACACGUGGAUGUCCUGAUCAAUAAUGCAGGUAUCGGCCUGGUGGGUCCCAUCGAGAGCAUCCCCAUCGAAGAGAUGAAGAAAGUGUUUGAGACCAACGUCUUCGGAGUGAUCCGCAUGAUAAAGGAGGUGAUGCCCGACAUGAAGAAAAGAAGAGGAGGACACAUUAUCGUGGUCAGCAGCGUGAUGGGGCUGCAAGGUGUGGUGUUUAAUGACGUGUAUGCAGCUUCCAAAUUCGCCAUGGAGGGAUUCUGUGAGAGCUUGGCUGUGCAGCUCCUGAAGUUUAAAGUCACACUGUCGUUGAUUGAGCCGGGUCCAGUACACACAGAGUUUGAGGCGAAGAUGAUUCAGGAGGUGAAACAGAGUGAGUGUCCUGGAGCUGAUCCCGACACGGUGCAUUACUUCAAGAACGUCUACCUUCCUUCUUCCAUCGACAUCUUUCAGCUACUGGGACAAACGCCCGAUGACGUCGCCAGAUGCUCCAAGAAAGUGAUCGAGGCGAGUAGCCCCCGUUUCCGUAAUCUGACCAACCCGAUGUACACCCCCAUCGUAGCGCUGAAAUUCGCUGAUGAAACUGGAGGUCUGUCUGUCCAUGCCUUCUACCACAUGCUCUUCAACAUGGGCACUCUCAUGCACGUCAGCAUGACGGCAAUGAAGUACCUCACCUGCGGAUGUCUGAGGAGCAGAACCAUCUCACCAAACUAG